AUGAAGAGACAACGGCCGGCGCUUAACCAAGUGUCAGGCUGCUACAAAUGCGAAAGACGGCGAAUCCUGUGUGAUCGUGCAUUGCCGAGCUGCCUUAAAUGCACGAAAAAGGGCUUGGUCUGCCCGGGGUACGGUCAACGGCUGCGAUGGGCCGGCGGCGCUGCUAUCCGUGGCCGUCUUGCCCAAGCCGAGGAGACGAUCGCCGAUGAUGCAGGAUCUUUAUCUACAACGGCUGGGAAUGAAAUCUGGGCCAGCGCAUCCUCGUUUCACUCGAUCAGCAAGAAGACACUACACAAGCUCAUCGAUCACUGGGAUAAGCAAAUAGCACCCCUGAUGGUCUGGGUUGACUCGGAUGAAAACCCUUAUCGACGAUAUGUCACCCCAAUGGCAUACAGACAUCCUGUCGUCGGGCUAGCUAUGGCUGCCGUCUCCUCUCAGCACGCUUCCAUCUCGCUUGAAGAUGACAGUUUUUCUGAAAAGGCCCGUAAUGAGGCCAUUGGUAUGAUAUCGGCCUACGUUAAAAAUAUUACCACUCAUGUCAUGAGUGGACGUGAGCUUGGUAACCAACUGGACGAACGGGCCGUCGAAUGGGUCUUGGCGGCCAUGCUCCUGCUUUCAUGCUACGAAAUGGCAGACUCUGGUUCUGCGGCGGCAGACUUUCAUCGACGAGCUGCGAGGUCACUCGUGAAUACGUUCGAGACGACAGGUCGUGGUGAGAGCUUGUUGCUCAACUUCCUGAGGAAUCAAUUGUCUGUACACGACAUCUUUGCCUGUACGACAUCGUUUGACCUGUCUUCGAUGCAGCAAGUGAUUCUUCCACGUACAGCGGACGACUCAAUACUAUUCUCAACUUAUCUCAGGUAUUUGCACGACGUCACGCUGCUUUCCCGUCAGUUCGAGCCUUCGACUGCUCGACUGGCCCGGCUGGGGUUAACUUUUAGCCAUCUUCGGACACAGUUUGAGGUCGCCCGGGGAGAGACACUCAUGACAGCGGGCCGUCUCGCUCUGCAGCCUGCUUCCCGACGUCGAAAUUUUAUCUGUGUUGUGAACAUUCACUACUACGCCGCUCUACUAUACUCUGCAAGGUGCCUGGAGAUACGCAUCGAAGAGCAACGGAAGGAGUUGAUAGAUGGCUUGUUCGAUCAAAUUGCAGCAAUGGGCGCCAUUGACGAGUGGCUGCACUGUCUCCCAUGGUCGCUCUUCAUUGCUGGAGUGGAGAGCCACGAAGAUGAUGCCAGGCAAGGGAUUAUCUCAGAUCUAUACAGUCGGAUAUGCCGCAUAAUGCGAUUCAAGAACUUCUGGGACGUCGCGCAGUUCUUGCAGGUAUUCUGGGCAGCUGACGAACGAGACUGGCGAGACUUGGCUCGGAAGUGGGAAUUAUCAGGACAGCCAGUGUUGCUACCCUGA